UUUUUUUCAGCAGGCCGUAAAGUAUAUUGUCCACUUGCGGAAACGUGGGUGUCGUGGAUAUAUUCAUGUACAUAGCUAAUGAUAAUACAUUCUCUUUUUUUUUUAAAUACGGUAAAUUAGUUUUGUAGCAAUGGCUUUGUACGCGAAAGCUGCCGAGAUUCUCGAGAAAGUGGAGAUGAAGCAGGCUACUGUAAAGACUUUGGUUUACGAUAGUAAAUUUCAGAAUAUCAAGCAGCUUUUUGCCCUGGUGUGUGAGACACAGAAGUUUUCAUCCAUCCUUCAAGAGAUCAUUGAGUCCACCAAGAUCCUCAAACAGACCAAGAUAAAAAUGAAUCUGGCCAAGGUUCUGGUGUAUGACCUGGUCAUCGGUAAGGGGCUGAAGUGUGGCGGGGCCUGGAAGGCGCUGAUGAUGAAACACCACUCUAGACUGCAGGCUGCCCUGGCCCGCAUGAAGAUCAAGCAGAAGGUCAGCCGCAACCAGGACCUGCUCUCCUCCAGUCUCCAGCAGCCUGAAGGCGAUCAGCUCCCAAGGUAUGUGCGUGUGAACACGUUAAAGACCACAGUGGAGGACGCCAUUGAUUACUUCAAGAGAGAGGGCUUCUCCUACUUGGGACAAGCCUACAGGCUCGAUGACCUGAAUCUGAAGGGGAAAUCCUUUGUGGGUGACCUGCACCUUUCAGACCUGCUGGUUUUCUCUCCAAAGACAGACUUCCAUGACCACAAUCUGUACAAGGCUGGCCACAUCAUUCUACAAGACAAGGCCAGCUGUCUCCCUGCAUACCUCCUGAACCCUCCUACAGGCAGCCACGUCCUGGACGCUUGUGCAGCACCAGGGAACAAAACCAGCCACCUCGCUGCCAUCAUGAAAAACAAAGGGAGGCUGUUUGCCUUCGACCUGGAUGCCAAGCGUCUCUCCACCAUGUCCACUCUCCUGCUCCGCGCCGGAGUCACGUGUCAGCAGCUGGCCAAUCAGGACUUCCUAAAGGUGGACCCGGAUGGGCCGCAGUAUAAAGAUGUGGAGUACAUCCUACUGGACCCGUCGUGCAGCGGAUCAGGGAUGGUGUGUCUGCGGGACGAGACCUCGCCCUCCCAAAAGGAGCAGGACAAGCGUCGUCUGCAGGCCCUGGCAGCGUUCCAGCUGCACUGUCUCAACCAUGCCUUGCGCUUUCCCCGUCUGCAACGCCUGGUGUACUCCACCUGCUCCAUCCAUACCGAGGAGAACGAGCAAGUGGUGGCCGCCUGCCUGCUGCAGAACCCAGGUUUCAGGCUGGUUCCACUGCUCCAGCAGUGGCCCGAGCGUGGUCUGGCUCCCCUCACAAAGUGUCUCCGAGCCAGCACCACCAAAACCCUCACCCAUGGCUUCUUUGUGGCCCUGCUGGAGCGACACACAGCACAGAGGCUAGAAGAGCAAGCCUCCGAAACACUCAAUCCGGUCGCUGAGAUGAGUCCAAGUAGUCCUUCUGCCAAUAAGGACAUACAUGAGGCCGAUAUCACAGAAGGUGGGGAUGAGGUUCAGGAGCCGAUGAGCACCACCAAGGAUAUGGACAUGGCUGAGGAAGCCAAACCCACAGAAACCUCAGGAGGAGUGAAGAAGAGGAGGAGGAAGAAAAAGAAAGAUGGGGAUAAGGAGGCUCUGAAGCCCAAAGCCACUGAGGAACAGACAAAUACCUCAGGAAGAGCAAAGAAAAAAAAGAAUGCUAAAGUGGAGUGAGACUGACCCUUCAAAGGAACACUGGCUUUGGGUGCCUUGGCGGUCAUUUAGACGAGCUAUAUUUUUGCCCUAACUCCAGUCGACAUCGAAGCUGGCUGUGCCACGUUGGGAAAGCUUAGUCAUAGUGACAAUGAUUGUCACUGCUGGAUUAUAGGUAGCCAAUCUAGACAUGGCAUUGCAUUUUUCUACCCAGUCAAGUUCUGAUAUUGUGGAGAGUACUGAAUCUUAUAAAACACCUUUGUAUUUGUCUGUUACUGCCAUUUGCCAGUCGGGCAGUCACUUGUACCCUUGACCAUGUGUAUUCCUUAAAUAAACACACAUCCAAUCUU